GACGAAGCUAAGUUUAAACAGCAAUCCAACACAUUACAUCAAGUCAGUGAGGAUGUUUCACAACUGAAACAUGAACUACGUGCUGGAAGACAGAAUGAUAUCAAUCGUAUUGAUUCAUAUCUUCAACAACUGGGUACGAAGAUCCUUACUAAUGUAAACUCCACUAUGAAUCAGAUGUCAUCUCAGGUUACCGCCCUGAAUGAAAGGCUGAACGAGGUCCAGGAAAAUCAAGAAGUGUCAUUUCUCUGUCAGAGAACCGACUCUGGUCCGUCAGGUGUAUUCAAUGGCAGAACACAGACAACAAGAUUCACUGCUUACUGUGAUCGAGAGACUGAUGGAGGUGGCUGGACUGUGUUUCAGAGAAGACAAGAUGGCUCAGUGGACUUUUACCGUGACUGGAAUGCAUACAAACGAGGUUUCGGAUCAGCGUCUGGAGAGUUCUGGCUGGGUCUAGAUACACUACACUAUCUGACGUCACAAGCUCAUAGUACUUAUGAACUGCGUAUUGAUAUGGUGUUCAAUACAACUGGAGAGAAGCAUUAUGCCAAGUGGUCAACAUUCCGUGUUGAAGGGGAAGCUAACAAUUACACACUACAUGUUUCAGAAUUCUCAAGCCCAACAUUGGUAGACGGAAUGAAGUACCACAAUGGACAACAGUUCAGUACUCGAGAUCGUGACCAUGACUCUGGCGAUGGAGACUGUUCUAAUUCAUCGAAGGGUGGUUGGUGGUAUAACGCCUGUUACUUUGUCAAUGUCAAUGGAUUGUAUGGACGUAGUGAUGGAGCCACAGCUGGUGCAGUGUACGUGCAUUUCGGGUUCAAGAGUUUGAAGUUUGUGGAAAUGAAGCUAAGAAAGCGUGGAUAA